GAUACAAUGAGCGAAAAAACAACAUCAAAGGUUUGGUUCAUCACUGGUAUAUCACAAGGCCUAGGCCUAAGCCUUGCAAGAAGGUGCUUGGAGAUGGGAGAUGAUGUGGCUGGCACAACACGCACUCCUGACUCACCAGAGAUUCAAAGACUUUGUGAACAAUGGCCUCGUCUGCUGGUCCUCCAGACCGACUUGACUAGCGAGGACAGCAUCAAGGAGUCGGUCGCACAUACACUUCGAAUCUUUGGCCGUCUUGACGUCGUUGUCAACAACGCCGGAUACGGUCUGCUUGGCUCCCUCGAGGAGUUGAGUGACGCCGAGAUACGUACACACUUUGAAGUCAACCUUUUUGCCGUGUUCUCCGUGCUCCGACACACAGUGCCACACCUUCGACAGCAGCGCAGUGGUCACAUCAUCAACAUAUCUUCUAUCAUUGGCUUCAACUGCGCAUUCCCAGGCAAUGUGUCUUAUGCUGCGGCCAAGUACGCGAUGGGCGGCAUGUCAGAGGCACUUGCUAUGGAGUUGGGGCCCUUUGGCGUCAAGGUCACCAUUGUCUAUCCUGGCACAUUCCGUACCAACUUCUUUGCAGGCUCAUACCGAUGUGCCAUCAAUCCAAUCGACGAAUACAAGACCAAAGAGACAGAGGCGAUAUGUCUUGAAGGCCAGGGCAAGCAAAAGGGCGAUCCAAACAAGGCAGCAGAGGUCAUUCACUCCCUAACACGAAACUCUACAUCAUCAACAUCAACAUCAACUUCGUCCAACCCCAACAACAACAACAACAACACUCCCCUUCAUCUGUUCCUUGGCCCUGACGCAAACUCCAUGGCAGAGGACAAGCUAUCAAUACUUCACAAAGACCUUGAUGAUUGGAAAUCAAUCACAACAGCCACCAACCUAAGUGAUGAACAACAUCAGCAUCAGCAACAA